UAGUUUGUCAGAGUGAAUGGGGUCGCUGCUAGGUUUUCCUUCAGUCGUAGCUGAUGCACUGAUUCAACAACCCGUUGUCAUGUUGCUUGCUUGGUUGGGCCCCCCAUCGGCCUUCCACAAUGCUCUGGUGCUGCUGCAGCUGCAGCUCCACAGGAUGGCCCAAGUGUCACUAUCAGCGGGCAUACGAUGUGUUUUGUAUUGGUCUCGAGUCAGCCGGUGUUCCCUUAUGCCUCCAAUCGUUUCGUUCCAAUGGCACCACCGGUGCCCCAUCUGCACUUCCGAGGGUCUUCUUUUCGCCCUGUGACUUUGGAAUGAGGUGUCCGUCACGGCUGUGGACGUGAGCUCGUUCUACUUCUAGGGGUGUGUGUCGCGCGUGGAGAAUUAUUUAGAUCGCCGAUCAAUUCGAUUGUCGGACACUGACUAGAUCUGUAGACAGCCAGUACUCGAUAGACCGUGCGUACAUAAUGUGUGUGUCGUGCACUUUACGCGUGUACGCACAGACUGACGCGAUUAGCUCUGCGCGUGCGUGCAGGGCGCGCCCCGUGGCCGUGGGUGUCUGUGUGUGCAUGUGCGUGGGUAUGAUCACUAUCACAAUGUCCAGUUGGUACCUAGUGUGGUGUCCACAGGCAGUGGUGGUAUGAGAGAUACUGUGGCUGCUGCUGGGGCUGGUGCAGCUGGUGGUGCUGGUGUUGAGGUCCAUCAAAGUGCUCUUGGCUCUCCACCUUCUCGCAUCUCUCCGUCUGUCUUGCGCCGUCUCGCAGAUACACCCGGCCUGAUGCUGUAUGAGGUGAGUGACCGGGACACCUUUCCCAGCGUUGCCGUGCGGUUCAACACCACACCGAGCUCCCUUCAGCAGCUCAACAAGCUGACCAGUCGCAACAUAUUUCCCGGCCAGCACAUCGUUGUACCCGAUCCAGUCUCUUUGGGAAAUACCCGCAGAGGGAGUGAUGUUGCCGAGACAACGCUGACAACCAGGUUGCCGUGCUCGCAAACUUCCAGCGGCGUCAGCUCGUGUGACUCAGAGCGAAGUGCGCUCUCACCGGUGUCCGCCGUGCCCACCUCGUCUUGCCAAUCCGUCGGCGAGGUCACCUCUGCCUGCUCCACAUCCUCAAGCUGCACGUCCCUUAAGUCACCCAGUGCUGUCGCCUCCGGAGCCGCCGUCGCCAAUCGUAGCAAAAUCUCGUCAGUUGGUACCAAGGAGAGCGUUUCCUCCCCAAGCAGUUCCUUACACGUUGUCGAGUCCUACUUUUCCGAUGUGGAUGAAGUGGACGAUUUGCCCGUGAUUCGAAACAAGCCUUCGGCCAUGUUGCCAAGCAACCAGGAACCACCGCCGCUAGAGAUCAUAACCGACAGCUUGGUGGCUAUUGAUGCACAGAUCGUCAAUGUGGAGGAGGGCAUCGCACGCGGCACGCUACGGCUGACCAGGGAUCGCAUUGACUUCCAGCCGUGGGGCGCCGACCGGCUGGUGCGCUCCGUCGGCGCCGACUCGUUUGUCUGCAGCAUGCAUUUCUCGUCCGUCACGUCUCUGGGCAUGUUCCCGGACCUGGUCAAGAUGUCCGUUCUCGACAAACCCGUGCCCAUGAGCCGUAGCCGCUCGCAGACGUCCGACUUUCUGUUCGUGUCGUGCGACGAGUGGUCACUGAUCGCACCACGCGCCCACUGCACCCUAUCAACGGAAACUCCAGCACCAGCAUCACAGCCAUCAGCGCAGCGGCCAAGCCAGGCCACAACGCAGCAGCAGCAGCCAUCACCAUCAGCUGGUGCUUCUCGUGAUAACAAGGACAACAACGGCCUGCCAGUACUGCAGACAGCGACGUCAUCGUCAACAGGUGCACGACCGUCUCCGGCCAUGAGAUUGCGAGCGAUUGCAGCGUCGUUCACGCCACCGCUGGUCCGCGCCAGUAGCAACGGAUCUCGAAGUGCUCCCAGCCCUGCACCCUCACCGGGGAAGAGCCCAAUGCAGAGACAGACAAGCGGCAGUAGUGACACAAAGAGUAGCGGCUUGACUACUGCCGGACCCACAGGUAGUGGUUCGUCAAUUGGUCGCAGUCCGAACAAGCGGAAAGGUCUCUUCCGGCAACGCUCCAGCACCCUGGAUGAUGACAUGUCUCGGCCAGCGCUCCAACACAUGUCUCUUCCCGGUUACCUGUGCAUGAGAACGCAACCGCUGAGUCAGGAAACGUCCGAGCCGGAGAAGGAACACGUGUUUGCCAUACCUGGAGCGAAAAAGCAGUUGGUAUUCGACUUCCUCUGCCACAACAUCCGCAAGCUGAAGAACGUUCCCUUCUCGGAGAUAUCUCUUCUCUAUAACAAUUUGCGAAGUAACGCCGCCAACUCCAGUUCCGGUGCGGCCAACGGCAACGGUGUUGGUGGUGUAGCUGGCGUUCCUGAUGCUGUUGUCGGUGGUGUUGAGGUGACGUCCGCGCCCGUUGGUAGCGUCGGCACUAGUACAAGUGUGCCGGGCGGCAUGGUGCGAGUUGUCUCCUCCGGCUCGGAUGUGAGUCCACACCACUAUCCCAGCGACUAUGCCGUCGUGUCCAUGAAGAAACGCUCCCAGUCGAUGGGCAGUGAUCCUCGGUCGGCUGGCAGCAUGGCGGCGCGUAGUCUCUCCAUCGAGGAGGGCUGGUACUAUCUUGAGCCGAGUGACUUGGAUCCGCCAAAGCCUGCACGAACGUUGUCUAUGCAAGAAACGCCGUCUCUUUCCACCGAGUCCAAGAUCCUCUCGGUCAAGCAGCUGGAGCAGCUCUCCAAGGAGAUGCCGCUGCACCUGCUCGGCCAGACGUGGAGGCUGUGCUACAGCACCUACGUACACGGCAUCAGCCUGCAGACGAUGUUCCGCAACUGCCUCAAGUCCACCGAGGGGCCUGUGCUGCUCGUCAUCCGAGACACCGCUCAACACGUGUUUGGCGUUCUCAGCUCGUGCACGUUCCGGAUCAGCGACACAUUCCAGGGCAACGGAACGUCGUUUCUCUACACGUUCAGGCAAAGCGACACAUUAGAGGUGUUCCGGUGGACUGGUGAGAAUAGUUUCUUCCUCAAGGGUGACAAAGACUGUAUGUCCUAUGGAGGUGGAAGGGGCAAGUUUGGGCUUUGGCUGGAUGCUGAUCUGUAUCACGGUGCCUCAGACUCGUGUCCAACGUUUGACAAUCCAUGCUUGGCGAGCAAGACUGACUUUCUCAUUGCCGGCGUAGAAGUCUGGUACUUCGCUUCGUGCUGAUCAGCUAACUGCAGUGCAGCGCCUGGCAGGCGUUUGGCAGCGACGGUGCGGCGGCACUCUGUGUGUGUGUGUGUGUGUGUGUCAUAUGGUGCAGUGGUAUGUGCAGCGAUUUCCAAUCGAUAGGUUGCGGGUUCGAUUUCCGACAAUUAUGGUCACACACGUCUUUCUCAGACUCCUCCUGACUUUUCUUUCAUUCUCCUGGGUGGUUACCAACAGCCAGUGCAUGCCGGAGUAUGUGGUGUGAUGUCUUUGCGUGAAAAAAAACGAAAAAGACCAAAAAGUAAGGAUUCACUGGCCAGAAAACGCCACUUCAUAGCUGUGUGGUGUAGACCAGGCUGAAUAGUGGCGGUCAAUUCUUCAGCCUUGCAAGCUGUUGAAUGGUGCAAUCCCAGCACAAGCUGCUAUGGCUUCUGCUGUAGCAUCGCUAUCAUCGCCUCCGGCGAUGGGCGUCCAAUGGUCCAAUGGUGUGUGUGUGUGUGUGUGUGUGUGUGUGUGUGUGCGUUGGCACGCGGAAACUGACAACACAGGAUCAGUCUGUCUGCAGCGUAUUUUGCUGUUACUGGUAUGAGUGCUGCAAUGCUCUGUGCUGUGCAUACAUGGUUGAGCUUCUCUAGAGACCCAUCCCCGCCUUACACAAUCAUUCAGUGUCUCCCCUCAGGUCCUUCUGGUCCCACUGACCACUCAGUGCAAUGCUCUCGUGAUGUGACUCGCUAUCUUUCUACGGUUUGUGCAUUUAUACCCGGACCAUGGGCAUUUCACCCCCUCCCCCAGUGCCCAUCUCUCCCAGGUACAUUCCCGGUACACUUAGUUAGGGUCUAUGUAUCUCACUCUUCUAUCAUUGCAACUAAUACUUUCCCCGACUGACUACGAUAGCGCACACUGGUUUUUUUAUAUGCAUUAUCGCUCCCCCCCCCCCCCCCCCCGGGCCACGCACUAUGGCCUAGUCUAGGGAUUUCCCCCUAGAAGAGGCUGCCCAAUGCUGUAGACAGCGCCCGGGGGGCGCCCGCGUAGAGGUUACAAUAUUUUAUUUCCGAAUGUUUCCCUUGCACUGUGACACUGUUUUCCUGUAGUUCGGGCUUGGUGAACUUGCGUUCAUGCUCUCUCGCUGCUUUUCCAUGUGUACGUGUUUGUGCUGUGCCUGGCAAGAAUGCCGAGAAUAGCUUCUGCCCCCCCCUCCCUCAGCUCCUGGGUACGACCUAUUAUCGGUACGUGUGUGUGACGGCAAGAUUUGGAAUAUUUCCGCCGAAUUUUGCAGGCAAAGAUUUCUUUUUUUAUUAUUAUUUUGGCUUUGAUUUCCCUAACAAGUCGACUCUGUCUUGAUGCUCACAACUUAACUCCCUG